AGAGAGUUUGCGUCAGUUCGACCAGAAUGAGAAUUUUCAAUUAUAUCCUCUUGUUACCUACCAUAUUAGUGGUUUUCUGCGCUGUAAACGUUGCUGCAAGCGUUUUGAGUCCGGAGGAGGCACGGGAAGGUAUUCGUAGGUGGCUCGCAAGAUUCCGCUCCAGAAGUCUAAAACCUGCUCCAAAACCUAUUCACGUCGUGGGCCAGCCUGGAAUUCAACAAAAACUCAAACCAUUGGGACAUUGAUAUCUCAUACUCGAUUGUCGAUAAACCUUGGCAUUGU